GAGGGGUCCUGCAUAUGGAAACGCGCAUGCAGUAUGUGAAGCUUGUGCCUUCGACGAUGAUGUGAUACUGGCCCGCUAGUGAGGAAAGAAGUGAAGCCAUGGGCAAACGCCCUUCUUGCUUCGAGUUCCGCCGCCCUGCGUCUUCUGACACAAAGCACCGCAUUGCACGCACGCACAAACAACAACAACACACAACGUCGACAACAUACCGCUACGACGCGAGGCACGCGCUAUGGACGACUCGCCGCUUGGCAAGCUCGCCGCCGAGCUCCGCAACAAGAUCUUUGAGUACGUGCUGAUUCACGAUGAUCCGAUCUACAUGGCCAUGAAGUAUGAUGCAAGAGGGAGGCCGAAUGAAAUGCGAAUCCUCAACCGCGCAUUCAAUUCUCGUCCACUCUCGCUCCUCGCCGUCUGUCGUCAAGCCCGAGACGAAUGCACCGAGAUGUUCUUCGCAAACAAUCACUUCAAAAUUGGCCCAGCAACCAUUGACCGCGAUAAUGCUGAAAGCGCUACAAGCCUCGAUUGGUUUCUCAACAUGAUCGACGACGUCGGCAAGUCAUACGUGCGCCACAUCACGGUCGGCAUCGUCAGUGUUUUUCCGCGACGCCCUACUCUGGGAGCAAUGAGACACUGCCUGUUCAAACAACUUAGGAGUAUCGAAGAACGUGCUCGUGACCAACGUGGUUCUUGGAAUCCGCACACUCGAGUGGAGUGCUUUCUUGGACUGAAGGAGUCUCCAAAUGGCGAGCAGAUGGCAGUCACCCUUCGUGACAUGAGCGACUGGCGCGCGUCAAGGAAUUCCGCCGCGCUUGCACUAAAGAAUUUCAAGGAAUCGGAUCCCCAUGACUCUUAUUUUGAGUGGAGAUCGAUGGAGUCGUCGACUUGCAUUCCCCAUUUGAUAAGCAUCUUGUGGGACUACAGACCCGCACAGCCGAGACAGCAUUGAGUAGUACUACGGUUCCAACACAUCUGUUUCGCAGCGAACUCUGUGGAGGUAUCGUCAGAUGCAUUUGGCUACCUGCAGAUUUGUGGUCAUGGGCCCGUCAUGCCCCCAAUGACUCUGCAACCUGGCUUCUCCUUCCACGUAUCUGACAGACGGACCUCCACGAUCGCCCUCGACUCACGAAUGAAGCAUCUCCAGCUCAUUAGAUCGGCUGAAGUACGCUGCGCUAUGAGAAGCAGCACAUGAGAGCUCU